GGACGUUUAAAGCUUCCCCUCUGAGUAACUCCGCUUUCCAUCGUCGAGGCUGCUGGCUGUUGUUGUUCCGUGAUCCAUUGGCACCUCCCGCUUCACAGCCUCGCCCAUCUCGUUCAGGCCAUCGCCAGCAACCUACAAGAUGGCCAGCAAGCUCUGCAGAAGCAGGGCCCUGGCCUCUGCCCUGCGCUCCGCGAAGCCGUCGCCAGCUAUCAGGUGCCUCGCGACCACCAGCCGUAACCGUAUCAACAUGCCCGAAGGCCCCAACCCGCGGCAGUUCCCCCGUGAGCCCCUGCCGGGCGCCCUGAAUGCAGCCGUGGUCAACCCGGCCGACAAGUACCAGUCCAAGGCCGACAAUCUCCACAAGUACGGGUCGUGGCUCAUGGGCUGUCUCCCCAAGUACAUCCAGCAAUUCUCGGUUUGGAAGGACGAGUUGACCAUUUACAUUUCUCCCGCCGGUGUCAUUCCUGUCUUUUCGUUCCUCAAGUACAAUACGGCGGCCGAAUACACCCAAGUGAGUGACAUCACUGCGGUUGAUUUCCCCACCAAGGACCAGCGCUUCGAGGUCGUCUACAAUCUGCUGAGCGUGCGCCACAACUCGAGAAUCCGCGUCAAGACGUACGCCGACGAGGUGUCCCCCGUGCCCAGCAUCACCCCCCUCUACGAUGGCGCCAACUGGUACGAGCGCGAGGUCUACGAUCUCUUUGGCGUCUUCUUCACCGGCCACCCGGACCUGCGCCGCAUCAUGACCGACUACGGCUUCGACGGCCACCCGCUGCGCAAGGACUUCCCCAUGACCGGCUACACCGAGAUCCGCUACGACGAGGAGAAGAAGCGCAUCGUGACGGAGCCUCUGGAGAUGACACAGGCCUUCCGCAACUUUGAGGGCGGGUCCAGCGCUUGGGAGCAGGUCGGAGCUGGUAUCGACCGCAAGCCCGAAUCUUUCAAGCUCCCAACGCCGAAGCCGGAGACGAAGCCGGAGGAGAAGAAGUAGACGGAAAGAAACGGCACACCAAACACCACUUCAAACGCGAGAUUUGGGGGAGUGGAGAAAGGUUGUAGAUAUUGGCUGGGUAUGGCAAGCCUUCUAUAUCCAGCUGGUUGGUUCUGUGGGUUUGCGCUUUGUAGAUAGUUUGCUCGGAGCACAGAACGAGAGCUACUACUUAGAUGGGGACGGCAAUACAGAACGUCCACCACAGGACU